AUGGGUUCCGUAUUUCUUCCACAUUUAAACACCGGAUGGCAUGUCGAUCAAGCCAUCUUAUCCGAAGAUGACAGAUUAGUGAUUAUACGAUUUGGUCGAGAAGAACAACCUGAUUGUAUGAUAAUUGAUGAGAUUUUAUUUUCAAUUUCAGAACGAAUUAAAAAUUUUGGCGUAAUUUAUUUAUGCAAUUUAGAUAAAGUGCCAGAUUUUAAUCAAAUGUAUGAACUAGAUCAAGAUCCGACAGAACCUUAUACAUUAAUGUUUUUUUAUCGGAAUAAACAUAUGAUGUGUGAUUUUGGUACCGGGAAUAAUAAUAAAUUGAAUUUUAUGAUUUAUGAUAAACAAGAAUUAAUUGAUAUAAUAGAAACAAUUUAUAGAGGGGCAAAGAAGGGAAAGGGGUUAGUUGUUAGUCCGAAAGAUUAUAGCACUUUACGUAAAAAUGCAUAA